AUUUAUUUACACGUUCAGGGCAUUAUUGUAUUCCACAGAAGGUUGGGAACGGAGUGCAGAACUGUGUACGAAAAAAAUAAGGAAAUAAUAACAAUGCACACCAUAGAGGAGUAUUUGCGUCGACGAGAGAGUGGCUGGCUGCAUCGAAAUAAACACACGGCCGAGGAGAAUUCUGUGAUGCGUCGCAUUUACAGUUCGAUGGGCAUGUUUAACAGUUAUCAUUCCAAUUGCAAUCCUGGCAAGGCCGGACAGGACACGGGUGCCAUCUUCAAUCUGGAGUUCAAUGCCGAUGGCAAUGUUGUUGUAGCCGCCACCGAACGCAAAUGCGUCCUUGUCUUUGAUGCAAUCACACAAAACGAGAUCUUCAAAAUAUCCGAUGCACACACGGACAGCGUUAAUUGCAUCAAAUUCUUUGACGAUCGCCUAUUUGCAACGGGCUCCGAUGACUUUACAGUUGCUCUGUGGGAUCUGCGUAAUAUGAAGCAGAAACUGCGCCUGCUCCAUGGUCAUUCCAAUUGGGUGAAGAACAUUGAGUACUCUUCGAAGGACAAACUGUUGGUCACAUCAGGCUUCGAUGGCAGCAUAUUCACAUGGGAUAUUAACUCACACACGGAGCACGGUUUGAUCUCACAGCGCGUCUUUCAUGCCAGCGGCCUGAUGCGUUGCCGCAUCUCACCAUCGGGUGACAAAUUGGUUCUGUGCACCAGCAGCGGUUACAUUAUGAUCGUCCAUCACUUGGACUUGACUACAUUGCACAAGGAUCUGUGUGGUUUCCGGCCGGGCAUCUAUAGACUUAUGCAAAUGGGUGAUCAGUAUAUACCCCAGGCAGCUAAAUAUGAUCAUGUCUUCUCGAAGCGUCAGAAAAAGAAUCGCGUGGAGCUCGUCACCGAUUUUCCGGAACAGAAUGAUGCUGAAAUGAUAAUGGCCCUGCAGAUACAUCCACAGUGCCGUUGCAUGCUGACGCGUAACGUGAGCUGCGACGAGCAGAGCGAAUGGACAUGCAUACAUGAUAUACACGAGGAACCAGAGCAGCCCACGGAUGAUGUGAAUGAUGAUGAUGACGAUGAGCCCAGUGCCAAGAAGAAUCGCACACGAUUGGCACAGCAGGCAGAUCAAUCGGAUCACGAGCAGCAUCAGGCAGGAGCACCACGUUUUCCGGCCAGAGUGCGACAACGGGUAAUUUAUCCGAGACGCGUGCCCGGCACCGUGCCCACAACACGCACAGAUGGCUUCAUACCCGACAUCUGGGCAGCUGAGGUAACCGUGCAGGAGCGAGCCAUACGCCAAAGCCGGUCACGCAUCGAAACCAAUCAUGUCAGUGGCUAUAACUUUGUGUAUGCCAUCAGCAGCGGAGUGCUGCCAUUGCGCUCAACGGUGAUGCGUACAAGAGGCGGAAAUGUAGUCGUCGAUGACAGACCGCUCUUAGAAGAUGCGGCGCCGACAAGCACAGAGACACCUCGCAGCAGCAAUGGCAGUGGCAGCCACAGGAGCAGCAGCACAAGCAAUAGCAGCAGCAACACCACCAGUAGUACCAGUAGCACCAGCAGCAGCAGCAGCACCAACCGCAGUGGCAGCAGCAGCAGCAGCAGCAGUAAUGGAACGAGCCAACUGGUCACCAUUGAGAUUCGACCAAAUAUGCCAAUGCGACAGCUGGGCAACGUUUCGGCUGUGGCGACAUCGUAUGAGAAUCCCUCGCACACUAUAUUGAUGAAUGCCAAGAAGCUGCUCUACUACGCUUCCGAGACGAAUAACAAGCCCGGUUUCAUUAAGGAGCCGGGCUUCUCGGCGGAUGGCCGCAUCAUCUGCUCACCAUAUGCGAAUGGGGUGCGGCUGCUGGGGUAUCAGGACGAUUGCAGUGAUUAUCCCAGCCAAAUGAUGGUUGAGCAGAUGAAAAAUAGUCCGAGGCAGCUGGUCGAACUGGCCAACAUUAUCGAGCAUCAGGAUGUGGUGCUGUGCUCCAAAUUCAGCCCCAGAGAACCACUACUAGUGACGGGCUGCAAUGGCGGUGAGAUAUCCUGGUACAGGCCAUGCCUCUAGAGGAUGCGUCGAUUCUCAAAAUUUGUUUUACUUAAGCAACUAGGAACGUUUAUGAUUCACUUAUCUCUCCCAUGAUAACAACAACACCAACAACAUUAUAUAAUUGGCAAUAAAUUGUAAAGCAUGGCGAUUACAGUGAACCGAUUAAA